AUGAUUGUGGACUUCAGGAAGAGCACUGUCCCCCCGCCCCCACCCUCCGUGAUGGACUCCCCCAUCACCUCUGUGGAGUCCUUCCGUUUCCUGGGCACCACCAUCACCCAGGACCUCAAGUGGGAGCCGACCAUCAGCUCUCUCAUCAAGAAGGCCCAGCAGAGGAUGUACUUCCUGCGGCAGCUCAGGAAAGCCAAGCUGCCUGCACAGAUGUUGGUGCAGUUCUACACGGCCAUCAUCGAGUCCAUCCUCACCUCCUCCGUCACCGUGUGGUUCGCUGGAGCCACAGUCAGGGACAAACAGAGACUACAGCGCAUUGUGCGCUCUGCAGAGGAAGUGAUCGGCCGCAGCCUUCCAUCGCUGCAGGACCUCUUACAAGUCAUAGCUAACACUAGUAGCAUCGCCAAAAGCCCCAUUUUUGGUAUUGUCGUUGUUGUUUUUUUUUUUUUUUCUAAAAAGAUGCGGCCCAGACAUAGAGGUUCCAAUCUUGGCUUGCUGUUGCUGGGCAGUCAGCUUUUUCAAGUGGGUCUGUCCAACAUCCCCCCUGUGACUCUGGCUGUUUUGGCUUUAAACGCGUAUUUGUAUUUAUUUCCUGCAGCACCAUUGAUGAAGGCCUGUAUAAGUGUAGACCAGGUGUACUGGCUGAAGGACUGGCGGCGUUUCCUUCUGUCCCCUUUGCACCAUGCAGAUGACAUGCAUCUGUACUUCAACAUGGUGUCACUGCUGUGGAAAGGCAAGAGGCUGGAGGGACUUCUCGGGGGACCGUUUUUCCUGUUUGUGCUGACGGUGUUCUCUGUCCUCACUGGACUGGUCUACGUGUUGUUGGAGGGUGCACUAACGGAGCUCACUCAGGACUACUCCUUCAGCAUGCAAUGUGCAGUUGGCUUUUCUGGGGUUUUGUUUGGUCUUAAGGUUCUUGUCAACCAUUAUUUUCCCGGGUCGGUGUCCUAUGUGAUGGGUAUUCCAAUCUCAAGCCGCUAUGCUAGUUGGGCUGAAUUAGUGCUGAUCCAUAUUACAUCACCUGGUACCUCUUUUAUCGGUCACUUGUCAGGCAUCCUUGUAGGACUGCUCUACACGUCAGGACCUCUGAAGGCUGUUAUGCAGAAAUUUGCAGAUAUGGUGACAUCUAAUAGAGCUGGGUUCAGGCAGAGGGCACAAAACAGUUCUCCUAACUACAGUGGAUAUAACAUGCAUACACACAAUUCCCCAGACCUAACGGGGGCAUUGACAGAGGAGGAGCAGUUGGAGAGAGCGAUCCGAAACAGUCUUAAUGAAAGGGAACCACCUAGACCUGCACCUCCUUACGGUUUCCAACUCUCUCACGAAGAGAUGAGGCUGCAACGACUGAGGCGGUUUGAACAGCAGCGUCGGAGAGCAUCACGUUGGAGAUUGGGCCAUAGGGCAAAAGGUGAUCGAGUCCUCGGUUUGGUGGAGUAG